AUGUCCGUUAUCAGACAGUAUCUCAGUUCUCUUGGUCUACUGCUUGUGCUUCCUAUGUUCACUGCAGCACCUACCGGAUGUACGGAAUCUGGGUCGUACGCCACGUGUGAUUUCUCAAGCUGGAUACCACCUCUUGUAUCCGCGGACUUCAGCACUUCGCCAUGUUAUAUCACACUCAACAAUGUUGACGGGACACUUCCGGCAAACGCCUUCUCUGGACUGUCUGACUGUGCCGAUCCAGCCGGUCAAAGAAGCAUCGCCAUGACAUGCACCGGAAGUAAGUCAUUGGUGAUUGCAGCAAACGCGUUCGCUGGAACGAUGACAUGGAUUACGGAACUUAGUUUAACAGACUGCACCAUUUCCGCCGGAUUAUCUGCCUCAGAUUUAUCCGGAUUAUCAGGACUGGUCGAUUUUUUAACUUCCGGUGGAACAAUAGCUUCAUUUGAAGCCACAACAUUCAGCGGUUUAUCAAUGAAUUCCAUUGCAAUGUCCGGUACAACUUUGACGGCCGCAACCUUUCCGAGCGGGUUUCUGGAGAAUGCUGGUUCGGCUAUGACCAAAAUUACGCUUGACAAUCUAGGAUUAACAUCUAUACCAAGUGGGGCUUUUGACGGGAAGACGGCUGUCACCGCUUUGAAUAUCGCCAACAAUCAACUGACAACACUCGAUACCAAUGCUUUGGACUCUUUGGUCUCUCUCAGCACCCUGUCAAUCAUGGGCAAUCAGUGGGCAUGCACGUGUGAUAUUUCAUUCCUCGUGAAGUGGGUGAAAUACACUGGUGUGACGCUAGAUGGUGAUAUCACUUGCACGACACCCACAAUGUAUAACGGCACGCUCCUCAACAAGGUUACAUUCGCCCUCGGCUGCGAAACGACGACAUCCACUUCGUCUGACGAAACAACGUGGGACAAAGCGUUGAAGUACGGCACAGCUGUUAUAGCAACCCUUGGGCUGGGCGUGGCUAUCGCCGCUUUGAUAAGUCAUUGCUGCUUUAUGCAGAAAAUGGCACAAGCUAGCAGUUCCUCCAACACCCCGAACGACAAAGCAAAGUAUAAAAAGCGCACCGUCACUCCUCUGCCUGUUAACGAACCGACUCGCAACUCAUUCUUUUAA